AAUAUUUAAUGAGAUUAGAGCACACUUUAAUAGUAUUUCAAUCGUCGUUAACCUCAGUAGCAUCAUCAGAAUGGUUUGUGCUAAAUCGACUUCAUCAGUGACGUUGCUGGUGAUAUUUUUGAGCUUCACAGUGAAAAAUGUGUAUUCCGUAAAGUGCUAUGUGUGCGACAAUUGCGUGAAUGUGGAUACGAAUACCACAACUCAAGACAACUGUGGUGCAUGCAGUAAAGGAGGAUUUCCGAAAAUUUUCAUGCAAAGACAAUGUGUUAGCAAUUGCUCAUUAAUCGCGUCUUACUUCCCUAUCAAAGAUGUCCUCGACUGCUGUACAACUGAACUGUGCAAUGAUGCUACGAAAUUGAAGCCACUCGUAUCGGUGACAAUUGCAGUUUGCCUCAUUUGGAGAAUGUUAACUGGUCCCAGAUUGGAUUGAAUUGAAUUGAAUUGACUUGAACUGACUUGAAUUCAAUUGAAUUGAGUCAGCUCACAGCUACACUUUCAAACGGAGUAGCUAGUGUUUGUGGCUGUGUUUUUGCUUUGUUUGUUUUCUUUUGAUUUUUGUUUACAAACAUUUGAGUACUGUUGCAUACCUCAGUGUGAUAGUGCAUCUAUUUUUGUCUUCAUCUAAUCUAUAGUUGAACUUGAUAUUUUCUUCUUUCUAACUCAUUAUUCUCUUGUAUGGUGUGUUGUAAAAUGAUGUUAAAUUUACUUAAAAAUUGAUUAAUACAAAUUCCUUCUAAUUAA